AUGGACUGGGGCCGGCUUGUUUGGAUGGGUGCAUCGCAGAGGUCCGACGAUUCAUACUGCAAGGUCAUGAGCUCAAUGUCGAAGAAACAGAUCGUCACACGAGUCAUCACCGAUAGAGUCAGCAGAACCCUGGACGAAAAUCAACCCCGAGAACAAGCAAGCUUCAGGAAAGGCUACUCAACUAUCGAUCUCCUACAAACAUUAAACCAACUCGUUGAGAAAGCCGCAGAAUACAAUAUACCCCAUGCACUUGCCUUUCUUGACUACAAGAAGGCCUAUGAUUCUGUAGAAAAUGCACCAGUCACCACAGCCCUCAAACAACAGGGAAUCAACCCAGUCUACAUCAACACCCUCCAGCAUAUCUACAACAACUGCAGGUCCUUUAUACGAUUACACAAAGACUCCGAACCCUUCCAACUAGAGAAGGGAGUCUGCCAAGUUUUUCGCAACCUGGACUGGGAAGCAAGAGGAAUCAAGAUAGACGCGGAAUACCUGAGCCACUUGAGAUUGGCUGACGAUAUCCUGCUUAUUGCUAACAGCCUGGAAGAAUCACAAGAAAUUAUCAUCGAGCUCAAUGACGCAAGCAAAACAGUCGGCCUCCACAUGAACUUCAAGAAAACCCAAGUCAUGAUAAACGAAAAACUAGACGAAGAUAUUGAGAUUAAAGUUGAGAACGAGACCAUCCAGCAGGUCGACCUCUACAUCUACUUAGGUCAACGCAUCUCAGUAACACCAUCGAAAGAAGAAGGGAUUAAGCGCAGAAUCAAACUGGGGUGGCAGGCCUUCGGCUGA